CUGGUGGCAGAAAGUCGGAGUUAUAGUUUGACGUUUCCGUCUCCGGCAGACAUAUUGCUUACAGGAGCAAAUUCUGGAAAGCUAGAAGGGAGAGAGGAUUUAAAAUUGAUUUAUAUCUUCACAACUUGAUACAUUGAAGCCGCAUAGGAAACAAUGGAGCCGUCAGCCAGUCCGGCCAAAGAUAACUACAGGAUGAACCGCUACAAGAACAAAGCACUGAACCCAGAGGAGAUGAGGCGCAGGAGAGAGGAGGAGGGCAUCCAACUCAGGAAACAGAAACGAGAACAGCAGCUUUUCAAAAGGAGGAACGUGGACAUUCUCAAUGAAGAGGAAGCCAUGUUCGAGAGUCCUCUGGUGGACUCCUACCUCAGCUCUCCAGUGACCGAAGGAGUUAUUACCAGGGACAUGGUUGAGAUGCUUUUCUCAGAGGACCCAGAGCUUCAGCUCACCACAACACAAAAGUUCAGAAAACUGCUUUCCAAAGAGCCCAACCCACCAAUUGAUGAAGUUAUAAACACACCUGGAGUAGUGGAGAGGUUUGUGGAGUUCUUGAAGAAAAGUGUCAACUGCACACUUCAGUUUGAAGCAGCUUGGGCACUGACCAACAUAGCAUCAGGCACAUCCAUGCAGACGAAGACAGUGAUUGAGGCUGGUGCAGUGCCAAUCUUCAUAGAGCUACUUAACUCUGACUUUGAGGAUGUCCAAGAACAGGCUGUGUGGGCCCUGGGAAAUAUUGCAGGGGAUAGUGCAGUGUGCAGGGACUAUGUGCUGAACUGCAACAUCCUUCCACCACUAUUAAUGCUUCUGACCAAAUCCACUAGAUUGACCAUGACAAGAAAUGCAGUGUGGGCUCUGUCUAAUCUCUGUAGAGGAAAAAAUCCCCCACCUGCUUUUGAAAAGGUGUCCCCCUGUUUGCCAGUUCUGUCCAGGCUUUUAUUUAGCAGUGACCCAGACUUGCUGGCAGAUGUCUGCUGGGCCCUGUCCUACCUCUCAGACGGCCCCAAUGACAAGAUCCAGGCUGUCAUCGACUCUGGUGUCUGCAGGCGCCUUGUGGAGCUACUCAUGCACACUGACUACAAGGUGGCCUCCCCUGCCUUGAGAGCUGUAGGAAAUAUUGUCACUGGAGAUGACAUCCAAACACAGGUGGUGUUGAACUGCUCAGCCCUGCCCUGUCUGCUGCACCUUCUCAGCAGUGCUAAGGAGUCCAUUCGCAAAGAGGCGUGCUGGACCAUCUCAAACAUCACAGCAGGAAAUCGUGCACAAAUACAGACAGUAAUUGAUGCCAACAUCUUCCCAGUGCUGAUCGACAUUCUGCAGAAAGCAGAGUUCAGGACCAGGAAAGAGGCGGCCUGGGCCAUCACAAACGCCACCUCUGGAGGAACACCAGAACAGAUCAGAUAUCUGGUGAACCUGGGCUGCAUUAAGCCUCUGUGUGAUCUGCUGACAGUGAUGGACUCUAAGAUCGUUCAGGUGGCUCUGAAUGGGCUGGAGAACAUCCUGAGGCUGGGCGAGCAGGAGGCCAAGCAGGAGAACAACGGCUCUGGAGUUAAUCCUUACUGCAGCCUCAUUGAAGAAGCCUAUGGUCUUGACAAGAUAGAGUUCCUCCAGAGCCACGACAACCAGGAGAUCUACCAGAAGGCAUUUGACCUAAUCGAGCACUACUUCGGGGUGGAGGAUGAGGACAACAGUCUAGCCCCUCAGGUGGACCAGGCCAACCAGCAGUUCCUUUUCCCCCAGCAGGAGGCACCCAUGGAGGGCUUCCAGCUCUAAAUUUGCACCCCCUUAUCUCAAACCUAAAUCAUUUACUCCCCGGUCAUACCUCUCCAUCUCAUGGAGAGCCCCAAGAUGCCUGAGUCAUACCUUUACGCUCUCUCCCCUGAUCUGCAAUUGCCCCCCCACCUCUCACCACCUCUACCGUCACCACAAACACCUGCCCUUUGGAGGAAAGCGAAAACUGUCCUGCUCUCCAGCCUCAAAAUGCCCAACUUUCUUUAUUCUCCUCAGCCAGUGGACUGACUUGUUGCAGGGCAGACUCGUGUGUUGCCUGGCCAAGGGGAGAACACCACACAAACUCCAUUACACUUAGAAGAGGAAGGGAUCACCUCACAGCCCAAAGUGUGAGUCUGUCCUGACUUAAAACGCACACGCAGACAUCCUCCUGCCAUGCGAUAGCUCUUAGAUUCUCUCGUUGGCAGUAAUGAUGGUUUGUAGGUGAUUAUCUUUAUAUACACUUUAAUUUUCUUUUCCAGUGGGACAUUCCUGUUUUUGGGAUUACCCAUGCAUCACCCUGAGUCCACAUACUAGGGUGCAUGAGUUGAAAUAUGCCUAGCUCUUGAUGUCAGUUUGACUUAGUGCAGUUGAAAGAAAAAUCUAGUAAGAUUAUCCCUUUAUUUUGUUUUAUCAUUAUAUUUCCACAGCCCUUAUUUAUCUGCUUCUUUGUUUUUUGAGGUUUUUUUUAGUGGUUGUGAUAUUAUUUUUUUGUUUUCCUUACUGGCUUUG